UUUUUUGGGUUGACCAACUAUUUGAAAAAAUAUUAAACAUAUUUACAACUUUUUUAUAUUAUUAGGCAUAUUGUUAAUAAAGUGAUAUGUUUUUAAAUUAUUUUGCUCAACCCACUCUCUUAACACCUAGUAAAACGUAUCUAAAUUUUGAAGAGUUUAAGAAAGCUCCUCUAUUAGUAUGCCACAGUACAGCUUUGGAGGGAAAACUUUUACCAAAGAAUUACUCGGGAAAUAUAUAUGCCAUAGAGGAAAUAUUAAACGCAAUUAAACAGAAGAAAUACAAGUUAAAUACUUUUCAUACUCAGACACUAUAUCCGAAUGAAGUUUAUAAUAUUAACUUAAAUGGUGUUGAAAAUCUGCAUGGAGUAAAGAAUAUUGAAUUAACAGCAAUUCCAUGGGAUAAAGAAAAUGUUAUAUAUUUGAUAAAAGCUGACAACAUUACUAACUUAUUGACCGAUAUAAUUACCGAAGACCUGGAUGUUUUGGUACAGAAUAAAAUUUUACGAAAUAGCAUUAGGAGUGGUAUAGAUGUUCUAUAUAUAAACGAUGGCGUGUACCAUAAUUCUGCAGAGCUAAAAACGUAUCCCUCAGAAUGUUUGCUAGGAGCAUUGGUAACUUUGGUACGACCACGUUUAGUUCAAGGUUUAUUCAGCGACGAACCACUGCCACAACAUAUCUUAAACUGUUGUGAAGAUAAAUCGUGUGCUGUUUAUUAAAUACUGUUUUAAAUAAAUAAAACUUUGAAUUGUAUUUUAAUUUGUUCUAAAUGUA